AUGGUGAACAACGUGGACGAAGUUCUAGACCGGCACAACGAUUUCUUGGAGUCGUGUCUGGGCGACUGCAUGCUGACCAAACCCCAACUCUUGAAAGCCUUCACCACGCUACUUCUCGUCUGCGUACAAUUUUGCACUUUUAUACAGGAGAACACCGGUGGUACGACGAGUAGCGGUUCGGCUGAUUCGUUCUCCCAAUCUGUAUCGCGUUAUGGUCUACGCUUCACCGCCGGACUUCUCUCUGUAUUGGGGAUAAUUGAGCGCAUGGCACGGGACAAUACCGCGAAUAAACUUGUCAAUAUAUCGGCAAGGUUGAAAUUCAACACGUAUUAUGCCCAGCAGCUGGAGAAAUUCUGCGCCGAUGGCAAGUUUCUCGGUAUUGACGUGAGAGGGAGCUCCUAG